CAGGCUCCGCGCCUCUCUGGGGACCAGUGGGCAUGGACGGAGCUGUGCGGCCGCGAGAAGGGUCUGCUCUUGGAGGUCGUGUCGGUGCCACCUUUGAGCGUGCCUCGGUCCCAGAGCAGACACUUGUGUUCUGAAGAUCUUGCAGGCCCUUGUGGUGGUGGUGGGGGCUUGCAGAUUUUUCCUAAGAAAAUUUUUGUUUUGUAACAACUGUUUUCGAUGCUUUCCGCACCUAGGAAAGUCUUUCCUGGCAAACUCAGUCCUCUGAGAACCCCAUUCUUUAUUUUUUAAGUAUUCUGAGUGGUUUGCGGGGGUUUGGUAAUCAUGGAAGGAGAAACAUAGCACAGGUACAGAAAUAGGUAUGCCAUGCUCUUUAAAAUGUUAAGAUUAUGAUUAUAUAAUAGCAAGGGAGAUUAUAUAAUAGCAGGUGUCCUACACUUGGGGAGUGUAGGACAGUAAUGAAGAAUAUUAACACUUUCGGGUGCCUGUCCAGGCAGUUGAUGACAAAAUCGCUACUUGAUUUAAAACCGCAACAUAUAAGGGCUACUUCCUGUUAACCCUGGUAUACCCAAAAAAACUGAGGCAAGACCGUCUGCCCACCGCAUGGUCAAUGGUGUAGGAGGGACUUGAGUCCUGUAUGAAAAAGGGUGGUACCUUGGAUUUUAAAAACUAAAUGUUGGACCCUUACAUAUUAUGUGAUCAGAUUCUUAAAAAUACUCCAGAAAGAAAUUUGGAGUGGAUAUUAUAUAGCACUGAAUUGGUCUACACUACAGGAUAGGAGAGUCUUACAUAAUGUUCCAUUGGGAAGUGAAUCACCCUAAUUGCAGCUAGGAGCCUUUUCAAUUAUUCUGGCAAAAAUUCUGCCAAGCUGUCUAAAGGUAGUUUGUCAGGUACUUCAUUAGUGAGAUGUAUACUGGAUUGCCUGUUUUCAGAACAGUUUUGAUUUAGUUAACGAAUAUUUGUAGAACUCUUCCUAUUGCACAAGCCACAAGGAUAGGUGAUAUCAAGAAAGAAUUCUGCUGUUGCAUAGUUGACUGUUGUAUAGGAGGAAUAGCUUCACCAAAAGGUAACUCCAAAUUAAAGUUCAUUUAUCAUGUCAAACAUGUGGAAUCAACAAUAAGUGUUCAAAGGAAAAGAGGUGGAAAGUAUUGCUGAGUUGAUUUCUCUACACAUAUUUGAUGUUAACAGUGCACUUAUGAUAUACAUUUUAGAAAUAGAUGUCAAACUUUGGUUUGAAUAAAAAAUGUCUCUCAACCUACCUAUAUUUCUCAAAGAAAGUGAAGAAAAUAACUCAAAAUAUGUGGAGAUAAAACAGUCACAAACUACUUCCAUAACUUCAGAAGACCCCCUUCAAAAUUUAUGCUUAGCAUCUCAAGAAGUUCUUCAAAAAGCUCAACAAACUGGGAGAUCGAAAUGUCUCAAAUGUGGUGGCUCAAGGAUGUUCUAUUGCUAUACAUGUUAUGUCCCAGUUGAAAAUGUACCUAUUGAACAGAUUCCACAUGUGAAGCUUCCAUUGACAAUUGACAUCAUUAAACAUCCAAAUGAAACAGAUGGCAAAAGUACUGCUAUACAUGCAAAACUCUUAGCACCUGAAUUUGUAAAUAUUUACACGUAUCCUUGUAUUCCAGAGUAUGAAGAAAAAGACCAUGAAGUUGCACUUGUUUUUCCUGGACCUAAGUCUGUCUCAAUAAAAGACAUUUCUUUUCAUCUGCAAAAAAAGAUUCAAGAUAAUGUUAGAGGUAAAAAUGAUGACCCUGACAAGCCAUCUAGUAAACACAAGAAAACCGAAGGACGAGAGGGCUGUGAUUUGAAUGACAGCAAGUGGAAAGGCACAACACUGAAAAAAAUUAUAUUUAUAGAUAGCACCUGGAACCAAACAAAUAAAAUACUCACUGAUGAGCGACUUCAAGGGUUGUUACAAGUUGAGUUGAAAACCAGAAAAACUUGUUUUUGGCGCCAUCAAAAAGGAAAACCAGAUACCUUCCUUUCCACAAUUGAAGCCAUUUACUACUUUUUGGUAGACUACCAUACUGAUAUACUAAAAGAGAAAUAUAAAGGACAAUAUGACAAUCUUUUAUUUUUCUAUUCUUUUAUGUACCAGUUGAUAAAGAAUGCCAAAUGUUUUGGAAACAAGGAAAUGAAAAAAUGUAUCCAUUAAUUUUUAACAAGACGUUUGUGUCAUUUUAUUUUGCCAAAAUUAAUAAGCUUAUAAUUGUGCUUUAUUUAUACUUAGGAAAUAAAAAUAUAUAUCUGCAAGACCACUUGAAAAGAAUACUUGAGGUUAGUGGCAAAUGUAGGCAGAACUAGAAUUAUAGCUCCAGUGUCUAGGGUUAUUUCCAUAAGUACACACUGCUUGUGAUGGACAUUUGUUACUUCUUACAUCUGCCUGGCAUCUUUUUCGGUGGGAAUUGCUAGCAAUCAUAUGGUCCUGCCAUGGGCAUGGGGUGAGUAUAUGAGCCAGUUGAGCAAGCUAAGAGCUCCAAACCCCCAAACACACAGUAAUAGAUCCAAGGAUGAGCAUGUAUCCCAAAACCAGGGUCCUUUUUGAGAAUUGUUAUGGGUGCUGUAGAAGAUAGGGUUCUAUUUUUUAAAAGGCAGUAUGAUGUAGUGGUUAAAAGCACAGACUCGGGAGCAAGACUACCUGGAUCCUAAAUUCCAGCUUUUCCUUUUCCACUUACCAACUAUAUGACAGUUUCCCUAUCUAUAAAGAGUAGGUAAUAUAGUAGUUACUUUAUAGGAUUAUUAUGAGGAUCAAUGAGUUAGUGUAUCUAAGGGGCUUUCAGCAGCAGCUGAGAGCUGCUAUUGUAGUCAUCUGUGCUACCAGGUGGCAAGAGCUUGACUUAGAAAGCCAGCAAAGAAAAACAGAGUGGAGUAACAGAAAAAGAGACUGAGUCCUGAGAACAUUGUUUAAUUUAAUCACCCACUUCUAGUUGCACAUAUAUGGACCUCGACUGUUUUGGAUGGCUUCUGUUUGCCCCUCUGGAUCUACCCACCACUUGUUUUCAUUCUUCCCUCUGCUUUAUGAGGAAGGCUUCCUUACCUCUGGCUUUGGGUUGAGUUCUAUAAAUGAGAAGCACCAGCAGGAGACCAGAGGAUGAGAGGAAAAUGAAUUUGUGGUAUUUAUUUCCUGGUUCCUUUCCUGUCAGGUCAUCAUGGGUUGACUGGGUCUCUCUAAUGUCAGGCAUCUCAAUCUAAGCAGUUACCAGUUACCCACCUCUGGCUCAGGUCUCUGCUCCCUCCCUUUUCUGUCUCACUUAGGUGUGAUAAUGGCUCCUACCUGUUCCUAGCCCCAGGGUACCUCAUAACCCCCUUGUUGGUUUCCCUAAACUCUUCCCAUACCUUUGUAAAUAGUCAUUUUUUAUUACACUCUCAAGUUUUCCAGUUUGAAGUUGCCCUCUAUUUGUUUCUGGGACUCUGACUGAUAAAGCAUUUGGAUGCUAGACAUUAUAGUACAUUUCCCAAAAUAUAUUCAGCGGACCACAUAACAUUGUUUGUGGAAAAAGAAAAAAGAGUUCUUGGAAAAAUUCGUUUGCUACACAUUAAAUUUCCCUCUUGGUGAUUCAAAAGAUCUAUUAGCAUAUUAAAGACUGAAAAGUCCUGAAACAAACAUUUUGAAGUUUAUUUAAGCUACUAUGUCUUAAAUUUAUUUGAAUGUGUAACACUUAUUGAUAUCCUGUGGAAACAGUGUUUCACAGCACACAUUUUGGAAUAUUGUAAUUUAGAGCAAUCUUUGAUAUACAGUUGUGCCAACUGAAGCCUCAAGAGGUUAAGUAACUUGCCCAUAAGUCACACAAGUGUAAGUGGCAGAAGCUGGUCUAAAAUCUGGGACUUCUGAUUUAGUUCAGUGAGGUCACCAUUACACUAUGCUAUUCAUAAAAAGGAGUGUGGAUUAUAUAAGUUAUAAACAUUAUUAAUGCCAUAUUCUUAACCAAAUGAAAUGACUUGCCUAUUUAGCAGUCAUUUUAUAAGAAUGGAAUUAAAAUGGGUUUAUUCAUGUUUAGAACUUGGCCCUGGGAAGUCCUGAAUUGAUUUAAACUGGGCCAAAGUUGGAUUUCUCUUGGCUAAAUAUGGACUUCCCUGAGCCAAAAUCUAUUGCCAUUUAACUGGCUGUACAAACCAACUAAAUAUAAUAGUUAAAAAAGAAAAAAACAAUUGUAUCAUUUGCUCCCAUCUCACAGCUGGCAUAAAAGAGAUGGCCCACAUAGUUUAUAAGAGCAAAGCUAACAACUAACACCAGAUAAAAUCUCAAGCUCUUCCCAAAAAAAGAUAAUACUUGUCAGAACAAUGAAUUGACUAUGCUUGUCUAGUUUUUCUUUGGUAUAUAGACUGCAAAAAUGGCCUUAAUUCUUUACCCCUCCCUCUAUUUAUCCUUUUUCAUGUUCUUUUGAAGUACCCUCUCACUAAUUCUGGACUAUGUGCAUUUCCAAAGGUCUAGUGUACUUUCAUUUACUCUUGUUGCCAUAACAACAUGUAUGUCUGUCCUGGCCUGCUGUAGGAUGAGAUGUGCAUGGAGCAGAGUCAUGUUGCCUUGUCACCCUAGUCAAAUCUGUGAUCUAGAUUGGCUGAUAGCCAGCCAACCUCCAGAUAAGUGAAUGAUCCCAGCUAAGAUCUGCAGAGCCACCUCGUUAACCACUACCUAAUUCUAGAUGUGUGAGCAAUGGAUGCUUAUUUUUGUUAUGCCACUGAAACUUCAUAGCUGUUCAUUUUAAAGCAUUGUGCCA